AUGUCCCCGGCGGACCCCGAGCUGCUGCUGCGGGAGCUGGGCGGCUGGGACGGGGCGCUCUGCCGCCGGGAGCUGCCCUGCGUCCUGCCCCGCCUGCUCUCUAUGUAUCAAAAUUCUGACGACUGGACCGAGCAUAUUCGUGUGCUGAGGAUUCUGACUGAAAUGUUUCUGCCUCAUAUCAACCUUUCAGAAUUAGAGCAAACCUUUUUCUCAAAAGUGUUACCCAAGGCAAUACAAUUAUUUGAUGAUUUGUUGUAUGAAUUAUCCAGUCAAGCCAAAGGACUAACCAGCCAGAACAUAGAAUUAUGCAAAGCGGUGAGGAAUGUUUUACAGACUAUGGUGCAGCUGCUGGAAACUCUGACGGGUUGUGUGCGACAUAUCUGUACCCUGCAGGAGCCUGUGCCUCUAGAGAGUAUCCGUACCCUUCCCUCUUCCAUUCUUUAUGUAAUCAAAAACACAUUUAUGCACUGCAAGGACAGCGAGUCACUGUACAGUGAGUGCCUGCACUUGAUUUCUGACCUCCUGCAAUCUCUGUUUAAAGAGACCUAUUCUCUUCAAAAGCAGCUUAUGGAGCUGCUUGAUAUGAUCUCUAUGGAAUCUGCUUCUGCUGAGGACAGUAUUGUAGAUAUGGUGUCAGUGAUCCACACUGUGCUGGAGAUCUGCUCUGUCAUUUCCAACAUGGACCAUGCCCUUCAUGCCAACACAUGGAAGUUCAUAAUCAAGCAAAGCCUCAAGCACCAUUCCCUGCUACAGAGCCAUUUGAAACACAAGGACAUCCUCAGUGGCCUGUGCAAGGACACCCUCUUCUCGUUCCAUUCCUGUUUGCAGCUGGCUGAGCAGAUGAAGCUGUCUGGGACACAGGAGACCACUGACUACAAGUUGUUCCAGAGGACAGUCAAACUGUGUAGAUUCUUUGCUAAUUCUCUUGUUCACUACAUCAAGGAAUUUAUUCCUUUCCUCUCUGAUUCCUGCAGUCGAUUACACCAGCUGUAUCUUCAGAUAUAUAGACAAAUCUGGGAAGGAGGUAACCUGUUCCUUAGAGACAACGGACAAGCUAACACCUCUAGCCUGGUGUCAUCAAAGUUGAUUGGCAAAUCACCCAUCAAGUGGCCAUUUGGCAGUGAAUGGGAGGCAGGAACAGAUUGA